GCCUGCCCGGUUUGUGACCGCGAAGAUGAGCAUCACCAUAAGGCUGUGUCCUCGGGCUCGGGCUCCGUAUGGCCAGCGGAAGGGCUUGGUCUCCCGGGCAGUAGCCAACUUUGAUGAUAAGGUUCCUUUCCGGACCCAUUUGGAAGGAUGCGAGAGAGCUGCAGAUGCCGUACCAGGUAGGCGGUGCCAGUGAUAAACAAGAUUUGGAUGCAUUCAACUCAGGGGCCAUGAUAUGCGUCAUUCGACUGGUCAAGGCACAGUUUGAUUCGAACCACCGCGGUUCUGCAUCAACAAGAAGAUUCCCCAUGGGGCCUCCAUCUCCGCCGGCACCGGUGCUUCACUCGCCGACGCUGAGAAACCUCCCAGGAAGUAGUGGUGGCGAACAAACCGAUCCCGACCAGGAAGAAAAAAAUAACAAAAUUUGUACACGCCAUGUUGAUAGAAAAUAAAAAAAAA